UUAAUAUUUAUAUCUUCUUGGAUUUUUUAUAAUUAUUUUGUUAAUUAUCAUGAGUCGACAAUAUUAGCAGCACUAACAUUUAUAAUCUCCUUAAGCACAUGCUUUAUUCUAGUCUUAUUUAUUCCGAUUGAUAUAUAUCUAGUAUCAAAUGGAAACCUUGAAAUAUCACAUUUAGAAAUAACACAAAAAGUUAUAUCAAAAUUUUAUCACUUUAUGUUUUGGGUGUUAAUAUUUGAAGCAUAUGUUCUUGUCCCCUUUUCAUAUUUUUAUAUCAAAAAUAAAAAGUCCUACAAAAACGAAUUUGAUGAUAAUGUAGUGCCUUUUGAAAAUGCAAUUGAAUCAUUAAAAAAGACAAUAUAUUUUAUACUUCUCUUAAUUGUGUUGUCAAUAAUAGGUUUAAUAUAUCGACCUGGGCACAAACUCGCAAUGGAAAAGGGAAAGGAACUAGAGUAUAUUUCUGAUCUAUUCGAUGUUAAACAUACUGGAGAGUCAGCUAUUAUUUUCCUCAUGGGUUGUGUUGUAUUGACGGGUGUUUCUUUUUGGGCAACUUACACGAGUUACGGUAUAGCUUGUUUACCCUUAUCGUUAUUACAACAAAGAAAUAUAGACCAUGAUAAAAAAGAGAUUGAAAAUCGUUUUAUGAGUUUAAAAGAAAAAGAAAUUAUGAUAAAGAAUAAAUAUAAUAUGAAUUGCGAAAUAAAAGACACUGAUAAAGAUGAAAUGUUAAAAAUUGAAAAAAUGAAAAGGGUCUUAAGUAAAUAUAAUUAUAAAUUACAAGAGAUAGAAAAAUUAUCUGAGUCGUGGUUAUCAUAUUUAAUAGGAAUUGUAUUUACCUUUAGAUUAUUAAUUGGGAUGAUUUUUCUUGCAUUUUCUUUUAUCAUAUACAUAUCUUUAUUAGCUUCCAUAACUGAUAAGUAUUUUAAUUCCAUUUGUGCCUACAAAUGUGGCUUUGUGCUUGAACAAAUAAACACUAUUUUUAAUUUACUUGACACUUUAUUGAUUUUUUUUUCGAAGUUUUUUCCACUGGACAUCUUGAUAAUAGCUAGCUUGGCUAUUUACAUUUUUUGUUGUUCUUUGUAUGGAAUUGUAAAUGUAGGAAUACGAAUAUUUUUUAUACCAUUGUAUAAAUUAAAGCCCAAAAAAUCAUCUCCCGAGACCUUGUUGGUUUUGUGCUUUUUAAUUAUACACAUUAUUUUAGUGUUAAUUAUGACCCUGCUAACGAUUGCACCAAAUUAUAUAACCUACGGAAUACAAAAAAUUAAACUAAACGAUAAUUUAGGGUAUAUAAAAUGUUCACUCAAAACAGAUAAGCACAUCUGUAAAAUGUCUGUGUUAUCUGUUUUUUUUAAUAAAAUUUUUUUUGGUAUCCCUUAUUUUGCAAAUAGUUAUUUUUUUUCUAAUUGGCUCUUUAUAAUUAUGUUUACGCUUUCCUUUUUUUAUCGCCUUUUUUUUAAUAAAAUGAGUUACCUAGAUAACAUAGACGAGAGUGAAUUAAACAAAGAGAGUUUUGAUGAAAGCAUGAAAUUAUUACCCUUAGAAAAAUUAACAUAA